AUGGGUUCGGUUGAAAUGCCGUCUGAAAAGACCCCAUCCAUCGUGGAAGCAACCGUUACAGAGCUCGCAUCAGCCCUCUCCCAAGGCCACGUCAACAGCGUCGAGCUGACCGCAAAACAUCUCCUCCGCAUUGCAAAGUAUGACCGCUGCUCCACCCUGCUCAAUGCGGUCCCCAUCAUCAACGAGAAUGCCUUCGACGCUGCUCAAGCCUCGGAUGAUCGACGCGCUCACGGUAACACGUUGAACCCUCUUGACGGCAUCCCGUGCACCAUCAAAGACUCGUACAAGAUCAAAGGCAUGACCGUGGCAGCCGGCUCUCCCGCAUUCCAGAGUUUGAUUGCCAACGAAGAUGCCUUUACCGUGAAAAAGAUCAAGGAGGCCGGAGCAGUGAUCCUGGGCCGAACUAAUAUGCCUCCUAUGGCGGCAGGAGGCAUGCAGCGUGGCGUGUAUGGUCGAGCCGAGUCACCCUACAACGCCGACUAUCUCACGGCAGCGUUCGCGUCGGGUUCGUCCAACGGAUCGGCCACCGCGACUGCGGCGAGCUUCGGCGUCUUCGGCAUGGGCGAGGAGACGAUCUCGUCCGGCCGCUCGCCCGCCUCGAACAACGGGUUGGUGGCCUACACCCCUUCCAGAGGCCUCAUAUCAAUUCGGGGCAAUUGGCCACUCUUCCCAACCUGCGACACGGUUGUCCCCCACACGCGGACGGUGGAAGACAUGUUCGCGCUGUUGGACGUCAUCGUCGCCAAAGAUGACAAAACAGCGUGUGACUUCUGGAGGGAGCAGCCAUAUGUUCAGCUCCCAGACGUCAACAUUAUUCGUCCCAAAUCCUACCGCGGCCUCGCCGAUGCAGGCUCAUUGGCCGGCAAGAAGAUCGGCAUCCCCAAGAUGUACAUUGGGAAAGUCGAUUCUGAUCGGACAGCGAGGAAAGUCCAUACCCGAGCGUCCGUCAUCCAGCUCUGGGAACACGCCCGGAAGGUCUUGGAGGGCCUCGGUGCCACCGUAGAAGAGGUCGAUUUCCCGGUUGUCACCAAGUUCGAGGCACCAGAGUCCGGCAAAAACCUCGCAGAAGAGGCAGUGGCACCCCCUCAUCGCAAUGAUUUCGACAUGGCCCAACUGAUGGCAUAUGCUUGGGACGACUUCCUUGCUGACAAUGGCGAUGCUAACGUCGCAACGAGUCUUGGGCAGGUCGAUUCGGGGACCAUCUUCCCUCAACCACCAGGAUCUAUCCCAGACAAGUACGAUUCCAACGACCCCCUCGUUCGCCAUACGGACGUUGUGGCGCACAUCACCGGCGGUCGUGUUCCAACGUACGACAUUCCGGGCCUGGGGAAAGCCCUGCAGGCUUUGGAGUCCACACGCGAAGCGGAUUUUGAAGACUGGCUUGACACACUCGGUCUUGACGCGGUAGUUUGGCCGUGCGCCGGCGACGUGGGUAAGGCGGAUGCGGAUGUCAACGAAGCUUCUGCGGCAGACGCAUGGCGUAACGGUGUUCUCUUCUCAAACGGCAACUGUGCGAUUCGCCAAUUGGGCAUACCAACUGUCAAUGUGCCGAUGGGGGUCAUGUCUGACACCAAAAUGCCUGUAAAUCUGACCUUUGCGUCGAAGGCAUACGAUGACAGCAGCUUGUUCCGCUAUGCCUAUGCCUUCGAGAAAGCGAGUCAACUACGGCAAGCACCCACAAGGACGGCGCCGCUGGCGACGGACACCUUUUCAUUGGCGGGAGAAGAGAGGAAGUUAGGCUCCUCCCCGCCGGUGUUGACGGUCAAUGCUUCAGAGCCAAACAACGGGGGAAAGAAGCUCCGGAUUUCAGGCACAGCUUGGAAAGAUGAGCUGUCUCAAUUGAGGGUCUAUAUCGACGGGAAUGAGCUUGCUGACGUGAGCAUUGCGGAUGGCCGCUGGGAGGUGGAUGUGGACGUCCCUGAUCGUUCACAUAGUCGCCCCGAGGAGAAGACAGUUCCGGAGCUGGACAAGGCUAUGGUCAUUGUACUUGCGACAGGGAAGAAUGGCAGGUCUACCGGCAAGAUGGUGUUUGUAUGA